AUGGCCAUGUUCAAUCCAACUUCGAUCCUGGUAGCCUUUCUGCUACUCUACCUCUUGUCCUUCUUCGUCUUCGCGCUCGUACGCAUUGCGACCGGGGUCUCCAUUCAGCGGAUCGGCUACUUUUCACUCCGCCGCAUCGCAUACGCUCCGAGAGAAGGAAUACACAUUGAAAUUCGAGGCUUAGGGUUCUCACUGCACCCGCCCUCGUUCGCCCAGCCAACAUGGGUCAGCAUUCGGCUGACGGACCUCAAGGUCACCCUCAAUACGGCUUUACUGUCGAAAGCGACCCCCGACACCUCUCCGGGUCACGAGAAGACACCCAGUUCCGACGCCCCGAAGGUUAGGAGCCUGGACACCUUCCCCACCGACGGCGCGCCCCCCGAAGCAUCUGCCCCGAGAAGUAAGGCAUGGGGGACUUUGACACGGAUCAAAGAGCGCCUGAAAAAAUUGCAUCGACAGAUCAACUGGCUCGCCCUCGUAGACUUGUCUGCGGUCAACACCUCCGUUCACUUUUUGGACGCGGGUCAAAUACAAGUUGGAUCGCUCGCACUCUCCGUUGAUACCCGAAGCAAGAUGGUGGAGAGGGGGAAGUUGUUCCGCCGCAAGAAGGACAUGUCCCGUGAACAACGACCUGCCGAAUGGAUCAUGAACGUGCAAAACGUGCUUCUGGUCGUGGACGGACGGGAGCCCAUAGAGAUCCUCGAUCACGUAGGAGUGAAUCUGCAUGGUCUGCUCUACAAGGAAUUAGAUGGACUCCGGGAUGCCUCCAUUGCACUGAAGAUUGGACGACUACACAUACCGUACGACGAUCUGACCGCCAUGAUGCGCCGAAUCAAGUCAAUUCAGACCGCUGUCAAGUCCCCUUCAUCAGAGGAGACGGACGAAGAAAUUUCCUUUGCGGACUUUAUCGAGGAGCUGGAGAAGCCCGGUCGCCGUGAUGAGACUCUCGUUCAAACUGUCGCGGACUCCAAGGAGUUUGCCAGCUCACUGCUCCGUGGCAUUCAGGAGAUACAAAUCGCCUUGAGUUUCUUCCGACUUUCGCGUGGUCUUCAAUCUCUUUCGGCAGACCAAAAGCCCGUGUAUCUCAAUGUGGUGUCUCAUGAGAUCGGCAUCGAUCUUCAUCGCAUGGACCAGAAAAGUCCGGAACAUCGCAUGUACUUUCAGAAAGAUGACAUUGCUCACCAAGCCCUGCUCGCCGUAAUCGCGGUCUCAGUCAGUCUCAACGGCGACUCCGGUGAAACAGACGACGUUCUCUACAUUCCCAUGGCGACCACGACAGUGAAGACUACCCUGCCUUCGAAAACCGUGAAUGCCGUCGAGGACGCGAACCUGGAAGAACGGAACUCUAAUGUGCUCUUCGCCAAUUUGGUCAUCACCUCGCCAUCAUUGGACAUGCAGCCGAAGCACGUCUCCCGUCUUCUCAAAUUGGCCGAAUCACGAGCAUCUGGCCCUCGUCCUAAGAAGAGAAGCAGUCCGUCUCUGAUAUCUCGACUACUCCCCAAGGCAACCAUCAAGCUCUCCGUCCACGAGCCAGUCAUCCGGUUCGUGCUACCUAUAUUGAAUGACAACGACUCCUCCGAUGACUACAAUCUCCUGAUUUCGUCCAUCUCGUCGGUAUCACUUGAUGUUGAAUCGUCUCACUCCUCUGACGGUGGUCAGCAUUAUUCCCUGUCAUCGAUUUAUCGCAUCGCAUCGCACAAAUUCUACUAUCAAACUCCCGCAGGUGACAAGCACAAUUUGCUUACCACGGAAAACUUGGAGCUCAGAUGUCACCUCAACGCAAGUCCGGAGCUAUGUGUGAUCGCCUCCGGGUCCUUGAAUGACUCUUCUGUUCACAUGAUUAAUAGUGAUGUAAACCGAGGCAUUCGCGAUGUUCUCGAGCAAUUCCGCGCGCACUUGCAGCCGCAAAAGAGAGCACCCAUGCCGUUUAAUGAGAGUAAACCUGGGUUGCUGCGGAAAAUUCCUCCUUGGCUUUUGCAGUUCUCGUUUGAAGCCACUGGCUUCAGUCUAGAGUUUGCGGGUGUUGACGAUCCCGUCUCCCCAAUCUCCCGUGGCGUCUCUUUACAGCUGCAGAAUUGGACAGCCGAGUACAAAGCCCAAAAGACCGAACAUAUCGUGGGAAGCAUUGCCAGACGCCGCACUUCUAGUCAUUCGAUCAUUGGCGACGAGUCGCCGUUCAGGUUCAAUCCGACAUCUCCUCCAAAGAAGACGCAUCGCGGUGCAACCGAUGGAAGGCGACUAGCGCUACACGCAAGAGGAUUUGACGGAUUCGUGAUUGAAUCGGACGACUACCUAGAACCCGAGCCUUUCUUCUCAAUGCCUCGAUUCGAGAUUGCGCUGAGCACCCAUAGUGACCGAAUGGGACCCGUCCUGCACGUCACGUCGAUGUUCAAAGGAAUUUACCUUCAUUAUUCACUCUACCGAUUCUAUUGUCUUGGGGUCGCAGUGUCUGUGGUUCAAGAUGUGCUCACGCCCCUGCCCGACAAAAAUACGGGAGCGGGCCAGAGUAAAUCAAAGAGCUCUGCCAGCAUUUCCAUGCCUCCCCCUCCGACAUCUCCGACCACCCCCAAGACUGAGCUUGUUACCCUUGAUGUCAAGGCUACUGUCGUUCAGCUGAAGAUGACCCUACCAAACGAUCCUGCCAUGCUGUUCCAGAUUUAUGGGCUUUCCGGGAGAUCACAACGCCUCUCUACCCCCAACAUCAAAGCCAACCUCGUACGUGUGCAUGCCGAGGCGCCCAAGCUCAAGGGUAUCUGGGCUCGAAUUGGUAGCAUGAACAAUGUGAGACUCGAUUUCCGGAAGAUAAACAUGAAGCAUGGAGCCGGCUUCAGCGAGGAGAGGUCCAUUGAUCUUUGGGCCGAUUUCAUUCGACUGGGCGUCCCCCAUCAUAUGGUCAUGCAUCGGAUUUUCGACAACUUGAUCAACACAUCAAAAGCUAUCAAACAGCUACACCAUCGGUUCAAAACCCGAAGCAAGGAAUUCGUUUCGCUUCGUGAGCCAGAGGAUCCGAAGAAGGUGCCCAGACUCACAUUGCGUAGUAAAGCGCUUCUUUUCGAACUCGAAGACGAUGCCUUUGAGUGGAAGCUAGGCCUCAUCUACCGGAUCGGACUGAUCGAGCAGUAUCAACGCGUGGCACGCGAAGAGGCUUUCUACUUGAAAACGCGCAAGAUCAAAGAAUCUGACCAACGGCGGGCAUCCUCGCGCUUGAGAGCUAGGUCGAGUCAUCGAACUCUGCGGAGUGAGCGCACCAGCCAAGAUACCCGACGAAGCCGCAGCGCAGAUCCCCGACCCAGGCAGUCAUCAGCGAACCGAGGUCGUACCCGCAAAUUCCGAUAUGACAAGGAUGGGGCUCCUUGCUUGACAUCUGAGCACCAGAUCCCGUCUGAGACUGCUUGGAAUCGACUUCAACAACAUAAUGCGCAGGUCUGGAAAGAAAAAAUCGACGCUGCACUCAAGUUUCAGGGAACAUCCAUCAAAGAAGUUAGAAACUUGUUCUCCGGUGCCGAUGAAGCUCCAGAUGAUGUGGAAGAGACUGAAACUAUUCUCGCACUUCCCAACAGACCCGGAUUAUUAUCAGCCUUCAUCAGUGAUAUUAAUCUCACUAUAGACAAACCAAACUUCCCAACCGCAGAAUUACCCGAAUUCCUUCAUCGUAUAGGGAAGGGUAUGCCUAAGUCCAUGAAGUAUGGAUUGAUGAUCCCGAUGAGCUUCAAUUUGGAGAUGGGCGAAGCGCGGGUCAAUCUCCGUGACUACCCCCUCGAUCUUCUUCAUGUGCCUGCUUUGCGACCAGGACAAUCGCCCCGUCUACCGAGCUGGUCAUUGCGAACCAACUUUGUGAUAGCAGAAGAAUACCGAGAUCAAGAAUCUGCCCGACAAGUAUCCGUUCAACUGGUCCCGCCAACAGAGAACCCCGAUGGCGCUCGCAGCAGUCCGUUCUUUCUCAAGGUUUGGCGAUCUGUUACACCUGUCAAGACCUACUCGAACCCGGUCAUCAAGAUCAACACCAGCCUUCCAACGAGUAUCUCUUGGGGUGUCUCUUACCAACCGGUCAUUCAAGAUAUGAUGAAAAUUAUCGAAGGUUUCACCAAGCCAGAGGUUGAUCUCUCGGAGAGAGUUGGAUUCUGGGACAAGAUCAGACUGAGUUUCCACUCUCGAAUCAAGGUCUUGUGGAGUGAGGAUGGUGAUGUCCAUCUCCGUCUCAAAGGCUCUCGCGAUCCUUAUGUGGUGACUGGGUUCGGAAGUGGCUUUGUCAUGUGCUGGCGGCGAGACGUCAAGUGGGAGAUCAACACUAGCGACAACCCCAUGGAGUUUAUGAGUGUGACAAGUGGCGAGUACGUCCUUGCCAUACCUGACUAUAGCUCCGAGGCGCGGUUGUCCAACGAAACAACACAAGACGACCUCGAAACCAGUUCUGCAACAAGUGAACAGAAGAAUGCUGCGCAUUUCAAAAAGGUCAUCAUGAAGCUCUCAGGUGAUGUGAAGUGGGCAACUGGGCUGGUAUUUGAGCGUAAUGUGGAUUCCAGCUCCCGAUCAUUCACCUUCCGACCCCACUACGAUGUUGUUCUCAAGAAUCCCCGGUUCGUCAAACCUGAAGAGCGCAAGAACUACGAUGCGUUCCGUGGCUUCCGCAGUGAUCAUAUCCACUUGUCAGUCUCAGUAAUUGCGCCUCAUGGCCGAGAUUGGACUGCCGAAGAUCGUACGCCAUCAACGAGUUACAACACAACUCACUUGAGUCCGCGUUUCUUUACCCAUUUCUUUAAUUGGUGGUCGCUCUUCUCCGGUAUUAUGUCUCUGCCCGUUCGUCAGGGUCCGCUAUUUCCGGGUAUCACCAAGACGAGCAAGAAGUUCAAUCGACAUCUGGCCACCGUGAAGUACAAACUUCUCCUCGCCCCAAUCUUUGUGGCUCAUAUCUACAAACACAAGGAUCGUGAAGAUUAUUCCGAAGAUGCAGUGACUGCAACAGGCCUCAAAGUUCGGCUCGACUCUUUGAAGCUGGACAUUCAUCAGCGGCGCGAACAGAUCAAAACUCAAGCUAAAGGCCGUACCCGACAGACGAAGACGACUGCGAUGCGUAUUAAUCAAGCUCUGAUCGAUCUGCAAUCGGCUGAUUUCCGAGCGGUGUCUGCAAAGAUUGAAGGCACAAACCCCGAGGACAUUGAGCGCAAUCGAGACGACAUCAUCUCAAGCUUCCAGCAACCUGUACCAUCGGUCGAUCUCUCUCGAUUCACAAUACCCGAUCAUAACCUUGAUUGGAUUGACAUGGAUGACUUUGUCGAACCUGACUGGAUCUUGCCCCAAGAGUCCAACCCGAGAACUCAAAUACUGCCACUUGCUUUCACGCCGCGUUUCACUUAUUUCAGACAGACAGACCAUGAAGCCUUGGGUCCAGAGGAAACUGGCUAUAGCACAUUUGGGAAUGAACCGACCCAUGAAUGUGUCAUGUCUGAGACGAAUGACCCCCGCCGUGUGCAGAUUGAAUUGGUCAGAAACCGACUUCAAACGGUUGAAUCGCAAAUACGUGACUACGAUCGCAUCAUUGGCGAACACGAGCUGAAAGUGAUGAAGGACGUUGACGACGAUCAAAACUUGAAGUCGCAGCAUGAGCUAUAUCUUCAUCAAGCUGAGUCCCUUGCCAGACGUCGCAAAUUCCUAACCUCCACACUAGAGCGUCUCGAGAGAUAUUUGGCCCGUGAUGAGCGGACCCCUCAUAGAAAUCAAUCCGGGGUUAGCACAAGCGCAAGUGAAACAUCGUCUCGGGUUGGUCUGGAUGGUGACUCUACGAUGGAUGGCCGGGCUUCCGGCCUCGACGGAGUCUACUCUUCAGCGGCAGAUGACUUCUCCAGUGAUUUCAACAAUCGUUUCAUGAUUCACAAUGUCCAGCUGAAGUGGAACAAUUCCCUUCGGAAUAUCAUCUUGCGAUACAGUCACCAAGUGAGCCAACGAAGAGGAUUUGUUUAUUACAUGUCUCGACGAGCUGUCAAGUUUAUCCUUGACAUUGUCGAAGAGCAAAGUAAAAAGAAGAAGAAGCAGGCCAAAGCGCAGAAAUCAAGCAAUUUGAGUGACCAGGAUGACGAAGAAGUGGAGGAUCGGAUCGAACAGCUUUUAAAUGAUGCUAAGCGCUACGCCAAUGUUGAAGACACUGAACCAUCGAACUCGCGCAACGAUUCUCGUCCACCCUCCGACAACUCGAGCGAAAACAUUGCACCGGAGUUCACGCCUCAAAAUAGCUAUUAUUUGCGCUUGAUUGCGCCACAACUUCAGUUCAUGAGCGAGAAGAAUCGCAAGUCUGUUUUGAUGGUUGCCGCAAAGGGCAUGGAACUGAAGGUGGUGUCAAUCAUGGACAAGGAACGAGUUUCUGACGAUGUCAGUGGCUUGGUUCAACGCCGAUUCUCUCUCGAAAUGGAUGGGGCUCAGUUCUUUGUUGCAACUCAAAAGAACCUCAUGGAGAAUCUACAAUUCUAUGCGGGUAACAAGUACGGAAAUUCGCCAGGUUCUGCAUGGCCCCCAUGGCUUACCCUGGAAGCUAUGUUCGACUUUGAACUCAAUCCUUUCGGGUUCUCCCGCAUCGUUCAGAAGACGUCUGCCAGCCUCCGAUACGACAAGUACAACAAUCUUCGUCUGAAAUACAAUGAAGAAGUCGCCAAAACCCACACUGGGCCGCACCCCGGUGGCGACGAGACCAGGAUGGAUCAGAUCAGUGUCGACUUCCCCCACUUCCGAGCGAUUUGCGACUCUGCAGAAUAUUAUUCGCUGUAUAUCAUUGUCCUUGAUUUGAUGCUCUACAGCGAGCCUCUUGAAAAAGUUCGCAAUGAAAGACUAGAGAAGAUCAUGCUCGCAUCUGACUUUAGCGAUCUUCGCGGCGCGCCAGAGGCGGUCUUCAAGCUUCAGUCCCGUAUCCGGCAGUUGGAGGAGAUCAAGGAGUACUUCCAGAUCAAUGCGAAAUAUCUCGACAACCAAGGGUGGCAGGACCGAUUGGCACUCGAGCACGACCUCUCCAUGUGUGAGGACGAAUUAUUUUUCUUGAUGAAAGCAAUCACCACCUCUCAGCGGCGCGCCGACCCUGGCUUCUCCAAGGAUGAUGGCGUUCUCAAAUGGAGCAUUUCGGCUUCGGAAGUGGUAUGGCACUUGAUGAGGGACGCAUCCGCUCCACUUGUCGAGUUCCAACUCCGAAAUGCCCAGUAUGAGCGGACUGACAACACUGACGGAUCCAAUCACAACGUCCUCGCUGUUGAGCAGUUGAGCGGACUGAAUCUGCUUCCCGAUGCAAUCUACCCUCAGAUCAUUGCACCAUACUUGAAUCAGCCUCGACCGCUAAACGACUUCAUGCUGCGGGUCAAAUGGCACCUCAUGGAGGCCGUGGCUGGUAUUCCCGUGGUGGACAAUUUUGAGGUUUCCCUGUUCCCACUCAAGAUCCAGUUGGAAAGAGAGCUUGGACAGAAGCUUUUUGAGUACGUCUUCCCCAACAUGGGUUCUGGCGCCUUCGAGAGUGGAGGUUUUUCGCCUUUCAUGAUCAAGAACAUGAAGCCACUGGACGCUUCCGAAGACGAGGAUGACGACGAGGAAAGCAGGGCACAGACUGCCAGCGCGAGUCUUUCUCCAAACAGUGCCAAUACCAACGGUUUGAACGAGGAAAUCGUCGACGCGUCCAAGGGUCCGGGUUCCAUUGAGCUCAGACUGCAACCGACAUUGACGCUUUCAGAAGAUGGAAGGUCAAGCCGUCACUCCACUCAUUUCAAGGGAUUGGCAGCAUUACGUCCUUCGCGACAUGACAACAACCGCUUGAAUGUACCUGAACCUAGCAAAGGCCUUCCACGCCCUGCAACAUCUGGCAGUCUUGCUCCAAGCCUUACCAAAAAGCGCUCAGCUGAUAGUCUUCGUAUGUUAACGAAAGCACCCACGGAGAGGUCCUUGUCAAGCCACAGCGCCAGCACCGAAGAGAAAGGGAAGUUCAGCCUCAACAAGGGGUCGCGCAACAAGUCCAAAGAGCCUGCGGAUGAUCUUUCCCAGAUGAUGUCCAGAGCGUCCAACUACAUGGUUUUGACUCGAGUCAAGGUCCAUGAUGUGGUUCUUUGCUUGAGCUACAAGGGCAGAGGAGAACACAACCUCGAAGAUCUUCACGACUUUGUCUUCCGGUUGCCUGUUUUGGAGUACAGCAAUAAGACGUGGUCCAAUCUAGACCUUGCCUUGCGCCUGAAAAAGGACGUCAUCAAGGCUCUCAUCUCCCAUGCGCCUGCAAUCCUUGGUAACAAAUUUUCGCAUCACCGUCCGUCUAAGCAACAAGUCAAGCGUUUCCGCGAACAAGCCUCUUCAUCUCAGCUACUGCCGAGUUCUCAAAGCGUCAGGAGCUUUGAUAGAAGUAUCGCUCCAAGCUUCACUAGUCAUGACUCGAAUAGCGAUUUUUCGGAAUCGCCGUCGAGAAAGUCCAUGCAAUCGGCAUCCUCGCCGUUGGCUCGCUCCGUGUCUCUGAAUUCAGAACGUCACGACAGCAAUGGCAGAACAACAGGCGACUCCAAGUCUGCUCAUGAAGUCGAUGUCGAUUCCCGAUGGGAGGAAUCACGCCGCUUUAUCAAUGACCCCAUCAGACCUUUGACUUCCGGCAAUACCUUCACAACCGUUACUGGUGCCGGCACCAACGUCGGCCUCAAUACAACCGAGCCAGAAGAUAGUCACAAACGUACAAAGUGGAACUUCGGCCGGAAGCUGAUGAAUCGCAAGUGA